GCUGCGCUCUUAUUUCACCCUCAGAUUGAGAAAGAAACGCAGCUCGAGUUCCGUCGACACGAAGUCAUCGGAAAUAAAACAUUAAAAGCGAAACAUUUAGUUUUUAUAGCAACGUGUAUAUAUUUUGGAGAAAUCUACUUUUUUUCUUUCCUUUUUUGGAAGUUGAAAAUCUUAUCGACAGGAAUCGCAGGACGCGGCAGCAGCGCGAGCGACAUACCGGCAAACAAAGAAACCCGAUUGUCCGUGACAUCAAACCUCUUCACUCGAUAGUUAUGAGUCAUGUGCCCGUCGGUCUAGAUCAGCAGCUCGCUGUCCUAGACUUGAACUCUGCUGAUGUUCAAGGAAUCCCUGGAAGGCGUUACAUUCCACCUCAUUUAAGGAACAAAGAAUCUUCCAAAAAUGCAGGAGCUUUUUCCUCUGGUAGACAGAGCGGUUACUCAGUGGAACCAGGAAGCUAUUCUCCUGGCGGAUGGGAUAAUGGACGCAGCAAUGGCUUUGUGAAUGGCUACCAAGAUGGCCGUGACAACCGCAUGAACGGAGGCAACGGUUUUGGUGGCCGUGGCACUAUGCGCAAUGACCGUGGUGGAAGAGGAGGGUUCCGGGGCAAAACGAGUGGCACCUACAACCCCGUACAGCCAAUGCAGAAUGCAGGGUUUGGCUAUGAUAAUAAAGAUGCAGGUGGAUGGAAUACCCCAAAAGAUAAUGCCUACAACAGCUUUGGUGGACGCUCUGACAGAGGCAAAUCUUCUUUCUUCAAUGACAGAGGGUCUUCCUCCAGAGGACGGUAUGAGCGUGGAGGUUUUGGCGGAGGUGGGAACAGCCGUUGGGCGGAGGACUCAAGAGACGAUGAAGACUGGUCCAAACCAUUGCCCCCCAACGAGCGACUGGAACAUGAGCUGUUCUCUGCAAGCAACACCGGGAUUAACUUUGAGAAGUAUGAUGACAUUCCUGUUGAAGCCACGGGUCAUGACUGUCCUCCUCAUAUUGAAAUUUUCCAUGAUUUGGAGAUGGGAGAGAUUAUUAUGGGUAAUAUAAAUCUGAGCCGCUACACAUGCCCAACUCCAGUCCAGAAGCACGCUAUUCCAAUCAUCAAGUCAAGGAGGGACCUGAUGGCGUGUGCUCAGACAGGUUCUGGUAAGACUGCAGCCUUCCUGCUGCCAGUGUUGAGUCAGAUCUACACGGAUGGACCAGGAGAAGCCCUACAGGCUGCGAAGAACAGUGCACAGGAAAAUGGGAAAUAUGGCCGCCGCAAGCAGUAUCCCAUUUCACUGGUUCUAGCCCCAACAAGGGAACUGGCUGUUCAGAUCUAUGACGAGGCCAGGAAGUUUGCUUACCGCUCUCAUGUGCGGCCCUGUGUGGUGUAUGGAGGAGCUGAUAUCGGCCAGCAGAUUCGUGAUCUAGAGAGAGGCUGCCAUCUGCUGGUCGCCACACCAGGUCGUCUGGUGGACAUGAUGGAGAGGGGCAAGAUUGGCAUGGACUACUGCAAUUACUUGGUGCUGGAUGAAGCUGACAGGAUGUUGGAUAUGGGAUUUGAGCCACAGAUCCGCCGUAUUGUUGAGCAGGACACCAUGCCUCCUAAAGGUGUACGUCAGACCAUGAUGUUCAGCGCCACCUUCCCGAAGGAGAUCCAGAUCUUGGCUCGUGAUUUCCUGGAGGACUACAUCUUCCUGGCUGUGGGCAGAGUUGGCUCCACCUCUGAGAAUAUCACCCAGAAGGUGGUGUGGGUUGAAGAAAAUGACAAAAGGUCCUUCUUGCUUGACCUACUCAAUGCCACAGUUAUUCCAACUGAGGUUCAGGACAAUACUGGGGAGAACGUAGAAAAACCUGGUAAAGAGUCUCUGACUUUAGUCUUUGUUGAGACCAAGAAGGGAGCUGAUGCUCUUGAGGACUUCCUGUACCGUGAAGGCUAUGCCUGCACCAGUAUCCACGGUGACCGUUCUCAGAGAGACCGUGAGGAAGCGCUCCACCAGUUCCGCUCUGGGAAAUGCCCCAUCUUAGUUGCCACUGCUGUGGCUGCUCGUGGUCUGGACAUCUCCAAUGUCAAACAUGUCAUUAAUUUCGACCUGCCUAGUGACAUUGAAGAAUACGUUCACCGCAUUGGACGUACUGGUCGUGUAGGCAACCUUGGUCUUGCCACAUCAUUCUUUAAUGAUAAGAAUGGCAACAUCACCAAGGACCUGCUGGACAUCUUGGUGGAGGCCAAACAGGAAGUACCAUCCUGGCUGGAGAGCCUGGCCUAUGAGCACCAACACAAGAGCAGCACCCGUGGACGCUCCAAGAGGUUCUCUGGUGGUUUUGGUGCCCGGGACUACCGUCAGACCAGCAACAACACCAGCAGCGGAGGCUUCGGAAGUCGUGGUGGCCGUAGCGCAGGGGGCCAUGGUGGAAACCGUGGAUUUGGCGGUGGUGGCUUUGGCAACUUCUACAGCAGUGAUGGCUAUGGAGGAAACUACUCCCAGGUGGACUGGUGGGGAAAUUAAGACUCCUUCCCUUGACCUCUUCACCCCCCACCCCACUCCCCACAACUACAGUGGAUCACCAUGCCAAACACACUGAAUGGAAACCACAUGUACCAUAGCCAGACUAUAUUACCCUGUGUAGCUUUGAAGAACUUUGCAGUACAUUUACAGCUGUGAUUCUCUUGACCGCAUCCGGAAGAGGGUGUCUUUCCACAGGAUAUGGGGAUGCCAGGAUAACUGGAGGUUUGGCUGCAGCAGGAACCGAUCUCCUGAUACGCGGGCAAAAGGAGAACGAAAAUUUGCUUUAGGUUCUUGGACUCUAGUUUUCCACUACAUCUCAUUUCUUUGUGCAAAAUGAGAAUCAUUUGUUUAUGUACUGUGCCUUUAAAUUUAGACUUUUUUUAUUUUUUUUAAUGUGCGGCUGACACUUGGCCUAAUUUGUCCCCCACCCCCCCAACCGCAGUUCUUUAUUUUCCCUCAAAUGAUUUUUGUUUUGGAAGGCAAAAAAUAAGCUUGGACGUAAUCAAACCUUGGCAAACUCUGGGAUGGUAUGUCACAACCUCAUUUUGAACUUAAAAUUAUAAUGGGGUCAUCGGUGCGCCUGAACACCCCCUCCCCCGAUUGGAUUUUACCCUCUUGUGUGGUAGAAACCAUCACAAGAAUUAAAAAUAUCAUUCUAAAAGGAAAAGAUCUUGCUCACUCUAUCCUGGAGAGGUACCUAUUAGAGAGACGGUAGUCUUCUGAAAAAAGAAAACAAGCCAUUCUAGUUUAUGAUUGUAAAUUUCAUUGUCGUGAAGUCAUUGAGCCGCGCCUGCCUCCCGUCAAUCCACUUGCUAAUUGUAGCAUUAAGGCAGCUAGUUCAGUACCACAUACUAGCUGUUGAGUGGAGUUUAAUCAUUCACAUUUGUUACUUGACCUGUUUUGGCGGUAGCAAUCAGAAGUUUUUUUUUUUUUUUACCGUUCUUGAUCUUGAUGAAAUGGGUUCGGCUCGUGAUGACUUCCAUACUGGAAAGUUAAAAUGGCUACUCUCGGACCACGGCGUCAGAGCGGACUGGCCAUGAAGGCUAAGCCCGUCUGAAGUAAUCCGCAUGCUAGUGUUGUUGUUUUUUGGUCAAGGAGAUUUUCGAACCGAUUUCUGCAGCAGGCUUCUGUGUUCGUUACAGGUAACAUUUGUUCACAUUUUGUUUUCUCUUUUUCAAGCUGCGUUGAAUUCCUAAAGACAUCCUUGGGCUUACUCUACAGACACGGCUCCCGUUUGACCUCCCCAACAGCCCCCAAGUUUACGGCGGGUUGUGUUCAGUCGAAAUCAGUGUGUACGGAGAACUGCACAGGCUGGCAGGGGUGCAGUUGUGCUGUAAAUGAGACUUUUAUUGGUUGGUUUGUAGUGGAGGAGGUUUCUAUGGCAUUUGGCCAAAGACAGGGCCAAACUUUUAAUUUCCCAUCUACCCUUUAUAUCUCGUACGUUACGGCGGCUGCGGUUCAGCUGCUGUGAGGUACUCUAGAAAUGAAGUCAGCUGCUAGUCGCUGGCGGUCUCGCCUUUUAACGGGCACAAUGCCCGAUGAGGGUGGGCAGGAUACGUUUAACUGAAGUGCAAUAGAUUUUACUCUCGUGUGUCGUGCCUUUUGAUGUAUAGAGUUGGAAAAGGUGAUCUGAAGCGAAUGCAUGGACAGUAUUGUGGUAACUUGAGAGGAGUGGUGCUACUUUAGGUCUAGGCCCUUCUGUGUUUAUGCCCAUCAAGUUUUACAAACGUUGUUUUAUUGCACAUUUAGGGUUUUAUAUAAAUGUCUUUGAGUGCGUGUCCUUAAGCUUCCUACUAUUGUGUGUGAAGAUUGUGAAAAACGCAGCUUGUUUACAAAAGGGGGAAGGGUUCUCCAAUAGUUAACCAGGAUCGAUUUGGGACCAGGGGGAUUAGCAGUGGGGAAUUUAGCUAUUUGCACACAGAUUACUAGAUUCUACUUUUGCUGCUAGUUUGUGUAAUUUAUUAAGCAUUUUUGAGAAAUAUUUAUUUUUAUAAGCCAAAAAGUGAGAGUUUCAAGUAACUUGACCAAAAGACAGUACAAAAACACUGGCACUUGAAUGUUGAAUGUCACCCGUAUGCGUGAAAUUUAUAUUUUUCGGGGUAGUGUGAGCUUUUUAAUGUUUAAGUUCAUUUUGGACUCUAAAUCCUAAAAUCUGUACAUUUGGUCCCGCUGACUGAAUGUUUCGAUCCGAUCAAUCACAUGCUCAAUUGGAAGCCAAAAAAGCGACUCAACCAUGCCAAGGUUUGGGGAAAAAGUUACAGAAAUAUUUUUCUAAAUGUGUAUCGGUGUAAAGUGUUCAGAUUCUACAUUUCGAUUUUAGUUUUUCUUUCGUUUGGAUCUUUACCCCAGUGAAUGUCUGGCACACGGCAAUCUUAACAAACAUGUGUUCUCUAUUGUUGCAUUUGCAUUUUGGGCUAUGGGGGUCAUGUUCUCUGACAGGUUUGGGUGUAAAUUCAGUCUUAAUUCCAAAAUUUGUCAAGUAAUGAAGUUAAAGUGUUAAAAGCAUGAAAUGAGUGGCUUUUUAAUUCCCCAAAUCUUGUGAAAGAACAUCGCCGGAGCCCUUAGAUUAGAGUAUUUGCUUUGUGUACUAGGUUAGAGGCUGUGCACUGCACGAAAAAUGAAAUGUGUGUUUGUAUGAUUUUAACACAUUAAAGUUGGAAAUUGCAAAUAUAGAAGUUGCUCAAGUGUCUUUGCAAAGGGUGACCUGUGGAACCACACACAUGACUAAAGACUGAUGUCCGAUUCAAUGCAGGAGUUUGUAAAUGAACUGAAAUUAAGAUUAAAGACUUCAGUUCGUUUAUAAUGGACUUGUGCAGUCUUCUAUUGCUUAAUUAUGAAUUUACACCGAUCUGUGGCACAUGUUAAAGAACGCUGUUGAUGUUGGAAAUGAUUUGUGACUAUUAAAAUCUGCUCUUUACAGAAGCACGCAAUUCUCAACUGUUAAAAUCUGCAUUUCCGUAUUUUACUGAUUAAACUUUUGCUCUUCGUUGAGCAGCAACACAUUGUUCAGGAAUCAGACUGUUGGAUGUGUCUCAUUUCUGAGAUUAAAGAUUAACUUUAAAGCCCCAUUAUAACAUCCGUUUAUCAAUCGCACAUUUGGGAGUUUAUGCUGAUGUAUGUAGUGAAGUUGAUCAUGUGUUCAGUUUUGCAGCACAUUGAAGCAGUUUUCUCAAAGAGCACGCACAAUUUAUUUUAAUAUUUUUAAUCUGAUGAAAUGAAGCACAAUAUGCCAUCUGAGGGGUGGGCAGACUUAAAUUGGGGUUGUGUUUUGGCCAUCCUGUAUCUCUGAAUAUUCUGCACUAAUCUCCAGACGCAUUUAAACCAGUUUAUUUGUGGAGCUGAUGUUUGUUUUAAACGAGCAUUUCUAAGUGCCAUCUGCGUGUUUUAAUAUAGCCUCCCAAACCUGGUCAUCAUCAGUGCCCACUGGCACAUUGUUCUGUCAUUCCUCAUGUUUAUGCAUCUAUCGUUUUCAUUUUCACAGAUGUCCUUCAUAUUAACUUUGAUCCUUAAGCCGGUGUUUCCUAAACUGGGGAACGUGAGGUGACGAUGGGAGUAUCCGAACACAUUCUUGAGAUUUACAAUUCUUUUAAUUUCAUUCGUCCAAAAUGACAUUCAAACGGAGUUCAUGUUAAAACGAGCU